ACGAGAGUCGCCGUGACAGUCACGCGUCGCAGCGCUUCCCGUAGGUAGAAAAGCCGCCGAGCGAGAAAAGGAAAGCGAAAGACAAAGCUCAAAAUGGGUGAAGAAGAUGGGGUUUUGCAGAACCGCCCCGGCAUCCUCAUGGUCGGAUCCUCCAACGUCGGCAAAAGGACCCUCCUCUCCCGAUUACUCUCUGUCGAUUUUGAGGAUGUUUCUGAGUCAUCGUCCGAAGUGCUCGUCCAUGGCUGGACCAUCGACACAAAGUACUACACAGCUGAGGUCUCUGUAAGGAUGGCUCAUCUUCACGAUGAAUUCUCUAUUGGGACACUGCCGUUGUUCAACCGCUUGGCUGCCUUGGUCAUGGUUUUUGACAUGAGUGAUUUGUCAUCUCUGGCUGCACUUAAGGAUUGGGUAGCUUGCACUGACAUCCGAAAUUUUGAGAUAUUGUUAUGCAUUGGGAACAAGGUGGAUCUCCUUCCGGGCCAUCCAGUUCAUGCUGAAUACAGAAGACGCCUGCUCAGGCUUGGGGAUGACUCCGCCGAUCCUUAUGACGAGUUUACUGGAUACGGGAUAUCUGAAUCUGAAGGAAGUAGUUUAUUGGGGGAUGAAGAACCAUCAUGGGAGAUUAGGAGGUCGUGUUUGGAAUGGUGCACUCAACACAACAUUGAAUUUAUCGAAGCUUGCGCCUCCAAUGCUGAUUUUGACAAAUGUUUAUCGGUUGAUGGUGAUUCACAAGGAGUUGAACGUCUCUUUGGUGCUCUUUCUGCUCAUAUGUGGCCUGGAAUGAUCCUCAAAUCUGGGGAUAAGAUAAAUGAAUCGUCGUUACCUGAAAAAGAAGAGUUGUCUUCAGGAGAAUCUGAUUUUGAAUUGGAGUAUGAAAUCCUCUCUGCGGGCUCAGCUGAACCAUGGGAGGACACAGAUAACGGAUGGGUUUCUGCAAGUGGUAGUACUUCAAGCUCAGAUAUGGCAGGGCUUGCUGCUCAGAAUAGCUCUGUCAAGGAAUGUGAUCUAGAGAACUUAACCAGACCUGAUGAAGAAAAGUUGCAGCCUUCGACAUCGGUGGCCCCAUUGCAGGAUGAGAAUGACCAGGGUGCGAUACCUGAUGAGAACGACCAGAGUGUGAUACCUGAUGCAUCUGAGCAAGCUGCGGAGCUGGAUGAGGAUACACCUUUUGACGUUGAGGAUUUGGAGCAGUUGAUGUCUGAGAUUGGGAACAUGCGUGAAAGCUUGAGAUUGAUGCCUGAUUUUCAGAGGAGGGAAAUGGCAGCAAAGCUAGCUAUGAAAAUGGCUGCUAUGUUUGGGGGUGGCAGUGAUGAUGAUGAAGAAAUUUGAUCCAUUUAUGGGAUUACCGCUCUGCUGGACUGUGUAAUCACCUUGAAACAUGAUCGUCCCAGAAUAUCUUUCUUGGUGUCAUCCAUGAGCUGAUAUUGGGAAGGCCAUGAGCAGUCUUUUUUUAUAUACAAAGCUCAUCUUCUGGGUUGCUUUUUGCUCUAAGAUGGUUAGUCAGGAUCUGAUAUGCAUGUGAUGUGCUUAAUCAGUUAGACCCCAACAUUGAAAAUGUUAAACAUGCUUAUUGUAAUAAACUACAUGAGUGGGACUUGGGAAGAUUAACUAGAUGUCUUUUAGAGGCAUUUAUAUGAGAGUCCUGAUGGAGGGUUAUGUAAUGAUGGUUAAAUGCUAUCAUAUAUAUAUAUAUAUAUACUGACAGUGAUAAGAAAUAUUUGCCAAGUUUUAAAUGUUAAUUUA